AUGGCAAAGGGUAAGAGGCUUAAACUGAGACAGCACAGAGAAAGAAUACCUCCAUCAUCUUACGGAUUUGGAAAAAGUGAAAAGGGAGCUACUGAAGCACUCUUUCAGAUGUUGCCAACAAUGGAGAAAAACUCAACAUUUGCCAGACCUGUGGGGUUUCUGAUCACUGGAUUUCAGAAUCUGCAGCACAGUGAAUAUUAUUUCAUAUUCCUGGCUUUCAUUUACAUAGGAACCCUGGCAGCCAACUUCUUCCUAAUGUCUAUUAUAUGGCUCUCAGAGUGUCUCCAUACACCAAAGUACAUAGCCGUUUUUAAUUUGUCUUUAGUAGACGUGAGCAUUAGCACAGGUCUUAUUCCAAAAUGUAUAGAUCAGUUUCUUUUUGGCUCAAGAUUUGUGCUAUAUGAGACAUGUUUAACUCAGAUGUUCUUUGUUCAUUUUCUGCAUACCUUGGAAUCUCUUGCCCUUGUUGUUAUGGGCUACGAAAGACUCGUCUCUAUUUGUUUUCCACUGAGAAGCAGCACAAUGAACACAAACAGCAGGAUGUUUUUUAUAAUUGGUUUCUGCUGGGUAUUUGUUUUUGCAAGCAAUGUUAUAUCAGUGUUUUUUAUAACACGGUUAUCAUAUUGUAAAAACAUUCAGCAAAUUCAGAGUUACUUCUGUGAUCAUGGUCCAGUGUUCAAAGAGGCCUGUAGUGACAACAGUGCAAAUAGGACUAUAGCCAGUGUUUAUACUGUUACUUUCUAUAUUGUGCCACUGUCUUUCAUUAGUAUAUCCUAUAUGUGCAUUAUAGCUGCUCUUUCCAGGAUUGCAUCUAUACAGGGGAGGUGGAAAGCAUUUAAAACUUGCACAACUCACUUAGCCUUAGUGGCCAUAUAUUUUAUACCUCUUUUAGUAACAUUUUUGAUUUCAUGGUCAAACAUGCUGGUGAAUACUGACAGCAGAAUCCUCAAUACAUCUUUGUCAGCAACCCUGCCUCCUCUUCUGAAUCCCAUCAUAUACACCUUAAAAACUAAGGAGGUACUGGAUCAAAUUAAGAAGUUCAUGAGGUUGCAGAAGGCAACCUAA